CACGAGCAACCCCGUUCAUCUUUCUUUUCGCACAUCAUGGCGGACCGGUUCAAUAAGGUGGGUAACCGCCGCGGAGUUAUUAUCUGUUAUUUUGGGCUUCAAAUAGAAGCUAAAUGUCGUAUUUAUAUCAAACCUGCUGGCGGUAAGAAUGUAUUAGCUUGUUAUGAUCGGUAUUUUGAUCGGUGAACCUCUUAAGACUCGGAUUUAAGACGUAAUAGUGACAGCUAGCUGCAGCAGUGUGGACAUGCCUUCAUCAUGGCAGCUUCCCUAACUCAGCUAAUGCUGACGGUUUGUUAGGGUGAUGUUUAAACGUUCUCCACGUGGCGCCUUUUAGGAGUUUGUUCACUUAAUCAAUGUAGGUAAAUGGAUUUAAAACUCACUUGCGACAUUUAGGUCUGUGUCAUAGAUAAUGUGUCAUGAGCUUUGGCGUCUAUGCUAAGCUAAUGUUAAAGCAGCGUCCAUGUGCCAUUUUACUUGGCUUAUGAAGUAAUGUGAGAAAGUGACAGGUUAUUGAUCAUUUUUAGCCGGACAUUUUGUUUUAUAUGUGUUCGGUUAGUCAUGUCAAUGCCAGCAUUUACAUCAGGAACUCAGUGUAAUUCAAUCCAAUACAACAGCUUUAUUAAUCCUACUGUAAGGAAGAGUCUUAAUAGCCAGCAUAUAUCAAUAUGAUCAGACAGGUGAUUGUUGCACUUGACAGCUAUUGUAAACCUAGUGGGUGGUGGUUUAUUUGGCACAAUGCACUCCAGCACACUUCCAUUUUCAUCAUCUGUAAUAUUAUAUUGUAGUAACAGUCAUGCCAAUAAAGUUCAGUGAAAUUGAGAAAUAGAUAUAUAACACGAUAUAAAACAAUGAAAUUUAACAGUGCUUAUUAGUAGCAUGUCUUUUGCAAUACAAUAAGCUACUGCAUCUGUGAGGUCUACUUUGCAGUUGUUUGCUACUUGGUUCUAAUUCAGCUCAUGAUUGGUUCACCCCGAAGCAGACCCUGCGCAACUCCCCUUUUCAUUGACUAUCUGUAUAUUCUACCAAAAUAUGGCAGAAUGCCGACUAUGGAAAAGCAUAUUGACCAUGUUUCAUAUUGAUCUUGAGGGAAAUAAAAUGUCAAUAUGUAUCACUAUCGUUUUAUUGCCCAGCCCUUGUGACUGUUAUUGUUAUAUUUAAGAUAAUGUUCUAACAUAAGCAUCCCCUGGUUCUGCAGGUUCUGCUGCUUGAUGGCAGGGGCCAUCUACUCGGCCGGCUCGCUGCCCUCGUGGCUAAACAGGUUCUGCUAGGUGAGUUAUAAUAAUCAAAUGUGUGAAUUUUGGUGGUUUUAUUUUUGCUCAAAUGGCCACACAAACUGCAGCGACUCCUUUUUUAAGGAAUUGUCGAUGAUGAUGAUCUUUUAACCCAAUGCUCGAGUUUAACGACCAUGAGAAAACUCACAUGCACUACCAUCUGAGACGGUGUGUAAAAGAAAUAAGUGCACACUUGUUAUUUUCAAAGUGUAAUUGAAUUUUUUUGUUUGUUUUUUUCCCCUGUAGGACACAAAGUGGUCGUGGUAAGAUGUGAAGGAAUUAACAUCUCUGGAAACUUCUACCGCAACAAGCGUAAGUUUGUUUUAUUCUGUAGGGUGAUUUAUUUCGUUAUAUGCUUGCUGUCAAUGAUGUUUUACCAUUAUUAUUCGAGUUUCAAUGACCAUGAGAAUACCUUACAUGCACUACCAUCUGAGACAUCAGCAUUUCAUAACAAACAGUAGCUCUCUGUGUGGAAUCUAGUUAGUAAUGAAGCAUACAUUGAUUUAUAACUUGUCUCUUUGUAGUGAAGUACCUGGCUUUCCUGCGCAAGAGGAUGAACACCAACCCCUCCCGUGGACCGUACCACUUUAGAGCACCUAGCAGGAUCUUCUGGAGGACUGUCAGAGGUGAGAAUAUGCAUCCUGGACACUUAAGAGCGUAGAUACAUAUACAAAUAUUCAUAUGCAGUUUGAAUGCAAUUUCUUUGACUGUCCACUUUGUUAGUGUACAGUAAGAGUUUGGGGUUUUAUGUGAAAUUUGCGGAAGUGUAUCUGUCAACAUACUGUACUGCUGCAGAUACUUUAAAUGAGCUGCCCUGAUUGGGUGAUUUCAGCAUUAAGUGUGAUGUUUGUGUUCUCCUGACUUGGCACAUGUCUUUCUUACUUGACAAUGAUGAGCUCUUUAUCCCGAAACUGAUCAUCUAUUGAUGAGACAACUUUAUCGGAUCUGAUUGCUGAGUUGAGUAGGAAUGACUUUUUGUGCUCAGACCAACUGACAAAUGGAGGGUGUUAGGGUUUCAAUUUGCAAAUGAGUUGAACUAAAGGACUCUUCUGUUCUCCCCCUUCUAACCAGGCAUGCUGCCCCACAAAACCAAGAGAGGCCAGGCUGCUCUGGAGAGGCUGAAGGUGUUCGACGGUAUCCCUCCACCCUAUGACAAGGUGCCGAAUCCCUCAUAACAGCUAAGAGCCACAUGAUUAUAAUGUGUGGGGCCUGGCUUCAACUCGGCUGUCUAUGAUGUCACUUUCAACCCUUACAUACCUUGUUUGACUAGUGCUUAUGAAAAGAAACACUGUCUGAGACUUGCUGUUCCCCUGAAUAUGAGGACCCUGUGUCUGUUUUUUCUGGAUCUGACUCUGGGUCUUUUUCAACAGAGGAAGCGCAUGGUUGUUCCAGCUGCUCUGAAGAUUGUGCGUCUGAAGCCCUCUCGCAAGGUAAGCCUUUAAAAUGUGAUCAAGAGCCUUCUGAGGUUUAGGGGUUAGGAGAACCUUGAUGUGCUGAAAAAUACAAAAAACAACAAACUCAAAUUGAUUCAGUUAACCAGCCACAGCAGUUCUUCCUUGAUAAUGAUGAGCAUUUUAUCCCGAAGCUGAUCAUCUAUUGAUGAGACAAACUUUUCGGAUCUGAUUUCUGAGUUCAAGUGAAGGACGAGUGGUUGAAGCUUCAAAUUGAUAUAAAUACAUGAUGCAAAAAUUGAAGCUCAUAAAAAUAUUCUUAUCUCAAUCUUUGAGGGUUAUUUGUUAAAUUUGAACUUUAUUUUUAGGUGGUAAAUUCAAGCCUGUGAUGCAUGUGAUUUUAAUAUUUGAUUUCUGUCCCUCUCAGUUCGCUCUUCUCGGGCGUCUGGCACAUGAGGUCGGCUGGAAGUACCAGGCUAUCACAGCCACCCUGGAGGAGAAGAGAAAGGAGAAGGCCAAGCUCCGCUAUGCUAAGAAAAAGACAGUCAUCAAGCUGACCAAGCAGGCAGAGAAGAACGUUGAGGCCAAGAUUGCAAAAUACACAGACGUUCUGAAACAAUAUGGAGUCCUUGUUUGAGCUGACUGUCUCAGUCCAAUAAAAAUGAACACAUGUUUAUAAAAAGUGUAUCGGCUUUUCAUUCCUUUUUAAGUUAAAAAUCACUAUUUACAGUACUAUGCCUGUUUUAUUUAGGGGCAAAUUAAAGUCUGGACAUCCGAGUCACAUGACAAGUCUACUCAAGAUAGUCCAAAACCAUGUUAUGUGAGGGAGAUGUGAGUUUUCUGAUGGUACUAAAUGCCCAUUUUUCCAGGUCUAAUGUGAAAUAGCAUCAACUCAACUACUGCAAAGUAUAUUUCAUUUUGAUAAAUGUUCAAAGUCUGA